AUGUUUUUGAAAAGGGAAAUAUUAGACUUCAGAACUCUUAAAACAGUUUAUUUUGCUUUAACAGAAUCUGUAAUUAAUUAUGGUUUCGUAGUUUGGGGAAAUACAAGUUUAGCAACGUUAUCCAAGUUACAGGUAGCUCAGAAAUGGAUCAUAAAAAUUAUGCUUUUCAAACAGAAACGAUUUUCAUCUGAUCUUGUUUUUAGAGACAGUAAAAUACUGAACCUAGAGCAGCUCUAUUUAAAAUCACUUAUAAGAUUUAUGAUGAAAUAUGAUUUCUACAAAGAAUACUUACAGCAUGACCAAAAUACAAGAACUUGCCAGAGUCACGUUUACUGUAUAGGUCCAAAAGUUUAUAAUGAUGUGCCAAAUAGUACUAAGAGAUUGAGAUAUUCUACUGUUAAAAAGGAAUUAACAAGAUGGAUUAUUGAUAGUCAAUACGCCAUUAAUUAUGUAAUAUAA